AUGAUUGCAAAACGUCCCAAUUCACAGCGAUGGAAAGUUUAGAACAAUUUGAUAAGAUUUGUCAUUGGCUUUGCACAAUUGCUACAGCAGUGGGCAUUGAUUACUUUAGAAAUAACGUGUGGAAUUGGAGAAUUAAAACUUGCAUCAGCGUAAUUGUUUUGGGGAGCAUAAGUGUUGUGUACACGUUAUAUAUUGGCCGACAUGAUAUUACCUUGCUUAUAAAGUGUAUUAGUGCUUUUAUGCAAGCAGUCAUGGGUUCAGCAAAGCUAUACUACACAGUAAAAACUCAAAAACGUCAAGAAGGGCUCCUCGUUUUUAUCCGCAAAUUGUAUGUUAUCAACAGCGAAGGAAGUCCAAGGAGAAAAAACAUAAUGCGAAUGUCUAACGCGAAAUAUUUUACCACUAUGAAAGGGGUUAUCGCCAUAUGCAUAAUUAGCGUUAUUAUCGUUGCAGUGUACCCAGCAUAUUCUUUUAUCUACCUGCGGAAAGUUGAAUUAUUUUUCGAAAUACAGUUUGUAGGACAUCCGAUGAGUCAAGGGUCUGCAAGAAUCUAUAUCGUCAAUUAUAUGACCCAAUUUUUAGAACUCUUUUUUGGAUAUAUUGGCAAUAUAUGGCAUGAUGUUGUAUUCUGCACAUUUGUAUUUCAUGUUUACACAUUGGUUGAGCUCCAAAAGGCAGCAUUUGAUGAGGCGAAAGAGAUCGCUAAUGUCAAUAAAUGCGCUUUCGAAAAAAGCUUCAAAAACUGCGUUAUUAUGGUUCAAGACGCGAAUAAUUAUAUCCUGGAGAUUAAUAGUUUAUAUUCAGUUGUUGUGUUCGUUCACGUAGGAUCAGCUUCCGUGUCAAUGGCGCUGAGCCUAUUUUGCUGCGUUGCAACCGACUGGUUAGGAGCGUAUGGAUUUUCAUUGUUUAAUUUUAUCCAAAUAUUCGUCUAUUGUCUUAUCGGAACAUUUCUCGAGAUUAUGAGUGAUGAAAUGGUCAACAUCGUUUAUCAAUUUCCAUGGUAUUCAACUUCAAACGGAAAUAAAAAGAUGUUAUUCUUUACUCUAAUGAAAACUCAGAGAAUAAUGAAGCUUCAAAUUGGUGGACUGGCCUAUUUGAAUGUUAACACUGCUGCAAAUAUCUUCAAGACAAUUUAUUCAUAUUUGAUGAUGCUUCUCAAUUUUACCGAAUGAAUCAUCUUUAUCAUCAUGAAGGAAAGAAAAAAAAAAUUGGAGAAAGAUACCACCGUCACAAGUGCUUUAUGUUUGAUUCACUCACACCAAAUGGAAAAAUGUAUAUAAGGUGAAUAAGGGGUUUAUUUUAGAGUCAAAUCUUAAAAAAUAAGAUACAUAUAGUAACGCUUCAGAAAUAUAGGUCAUGGAAUUAAAAUAAUCAAUGGAGAGAUCUUUAUAUCACAAUUCUUGAUGUUAUUUUAUUUACACCAUUUGCAAGACAAAUUCACGAUUCAUGAAAUUAAAUUAACGUCUAAUCAUAUCAAAUUAUCUCUUUCGUAAAUGAAAUCAAUUCUUUAACAAAUUAAAUUAAACCUUUAAAAACUGAAUGUGUGACAAUUGAGCAUUACUUAGCAAGUAGACCGAAAUUGACUUAAAAUAAAUACAAAAAAAAAAACGCAUGAGCCUUUCGCAACAAA